UUCGUAAUCGUGCGAAUCACGGACUUCCGUAAACAAACACACGUGCAGGAUUUGACAGCUAAUUAAAAAAGAUAAAAUUAUGGAAUCUGCACAGUAUGAUCAGAUGGAAGAUUGUGAAGAUGAUGAUUUUGAUGAUGGUGAUGAUGAUGCUUGGUUAGAAGAUGAUGAGGCUGAGUUGGUGCCUACCCACUGCCUGUUCUGCAGUAGCAAGUUUGAAUCUCCAGAUGAAGUGUUCAUACAUUGUACCACAGCACAUGACUUCGAUAUCAAGAAUGCUUGUAAUAUGUGGGAUUUAGACUGCUUUGGAUAUAUUAAGAUGGUGAAUUUCAUUCGAAGCAAGAAACCUGCUGUAUCAGUAUUAAAAAGAAAAGAUAACUCAAGCAAGCCUCCAUGGGAUUCAGAUGAAUUCAUGCAGCCAGUUGACCCCGAAGAUCCAUUGCUGCAGUAUGACAUUGAAGACAUUGAGAGCAUUGAUACCGAAUGCAGCAAAAACAGUAAUAAUAAAUGUUCAAAACAAAAUGAGCAUCCUGAAGGAUCUACAUUACAAAGCAAUGGGGAUGAAGGACACAUGGUUACCAUGACAUCAACACAACAUGAGGCACUGUUGCUAAGGUUACAGAGGUCAGAAGAAAGAGCAAGACAGUGUGAGGAGAACCUGCAGAGGGCUCUUACAGAUAUGGAAAAUAUAAAACAGGUGACAAGAGAUCUGAUGUUAUCACAGCCAAGUAAUGUGGCAUCAUCCUCGGGCGAUGUUGACAGACAGGCAGAUGAUAGCGUAGAAGAAGAUGACCCGUAUUUCAGCUCUUAUGGACAUUUUAGCAUACAUGAGGAGAUGCUCAAAGAUAAAGUGAGAACAGAGAGUUACAGGGACUUUAUGUAUGGUAACCCAGAGGUGUUUAAAGACAAGAUAGUUCUAGAUGUAGGAUGUGGCACAGGAAUUCUCUCCAUGUUUGCCGUGCAGGCUGGUGCACAGCACGUGUAUGCUGUAGAUAUGGCAGAAAUCAUUUAUCAGGCAAUGGACAUAGCAAGAGAGAACAAAUUGUCAGACAAGAUUACAUUUAUAAAAGGAAAACUUGAAGAUAUCAAAUUACCUGUAGAAAAGGUUGAUAUAAUUAUCUCAGAAUGGAUGGGGUAUUUUCUGCUGUUUGAAUCCAUGUUAGACUCAGUGUUGUUUGCCAGGGCUAAAUAUCUUAAAGCUGAUGGUGCAGUAUACCCUGACAGAUGCAACAUAAGCAUUGCUGCUAUAAGUGAUCUUGACCUUUACAAUAAACAUGUGACCUACUGGGAUGAUGUUUAUGGAUUCAGAAUGACUUGUAUGAAAUCUUGUGUAGUAAGAGAAGCCAGUGUGGAAGUUGUAAAUAAAGACAAUGUGGUGUCAGAUGCAUGUGUUAUCAAGGACAUUGAUAUAUGCACAUGCGGUUUAGAAGAUUUACAGUUUACAGCAAGUUUUUCUCUUCAAGUGAACAGAACAGGGGAUGUUACAGCACUCAUUGGAUUCUUCGACAUCUUCUUUGAUUUAAAUUGUUCCAAAAAGAUUGAGUUUUCAACAAGCCCCAACAGCACACCCACACAUUGGAAACAGACAGUGUUCCUCCUAGAUAAACCUUUGCCGUGUAAACAAGGUGAUGUCUUGGAAGGAAAAUUGACUUGUAGGAAGAACAGAAAAGACACUAGAUCACUCAUCAUCAAUGUUAUUUUAAAUGAUAAAAAUUUGACAUAUUAUAUGGAAUAAAAUUUUAGGACUGAAA